UCUUUCAUGUUUCAACCCAGCCACAAAUUGAUCCCACUUGCAUACUUCAGAGUAGUGAAACCCUUUACACAACUUGAUUCCAACUUGGCCCAUCAACCUCUCACCUCUAUUCCACCAAAAUCAACUUGCGCUCUGUUUCCAUACACAAAUUGUGGACUCCUCAAGUCCACAAUUCUUUCCCAAACACACACAGGGAGAGCGCCCUUCUUAAAAAGGUGAAAUCUUUAUUGGAUUGCCUCUCUCUCUCAUGGCGAGUUUUGUCAUAUCAGGUUGUGGCCUGAAGCCUCUUCCAAGAAUCUAUCCUAAACCAAGGACUCCCCAUUCUCUCUGUAGCUCCAAUUUAAGAAUUUCAAGGCCCAAUCAGUUUUCCUCUUCGUCAAUUGGGAUUACUCAGAAACGGAAUUGGGGUUUGGGAGUGAGUGCGCCAUUGAGGAUUCAGCCACUGGAAGAAGAGAAAAAAGAAUUCGACCCGGCGGCGCCGCCUCCGUUCAAGUUGUCCGACAUAAAGGCGGCCAUUCCUAAGCAUUGCUGGGUGAAGGACCCUUGGAGGUCUGUGGGGUAUGUGGUGAGGGAUGUCGUGGCUGUUUUGGGGAUGGCCGCCGCCGCCGCCUAUUUCAACAGCUGGCUUGUUUGGCCAUUGUACUGGUUUGCUCAGAGCACCAUGUUCUGGGCUCUCUUUGUCCUUGGUCAUGACUGUGGCCAUGGAAGCUUUUCUAACAACCCCAAGUUGAAUAGUGUGUUUGGCCAUUUUCUCCACUCUUCAAUUUUGGUGCCCUAUCAUGGAUGGAGAAUUAGUCACAGAACUCAUCAUCAAAACCAUGGGCAUGUUGAGAAUGAUGAAUCUUGGCACCCUUUGCCUGAGAAGAUUUACAAUAGCAUGGACAGUAUAACCAAGAAAAUGAGGUUUACAUUGCCUUUCCCAAUGUUGGCAUAUCCCAUUUAUCUGUGGAAACGAAGUCCGGGGAAAAAAGGCUCUCAUUACCACCCGGACAGCGAUUUAUUUGUCCCGGCUGAGAGGAAAGAUAUUAUCACCUCAACAGUUUGUUGGACUGCAAUGGCUGCCUUGCUUGUAGGACUAUCUUUUGUCAUGGGUCCGGUCCAGCUUCUCAAACUAUAUGGCAUUCCUUACUUGGGCUUUGUAGCGUGGCUUGAUAUCGUGACUUAUUUGCAUCAUCAUGGCCAUGAAGAUAAGCUCCCUUGGUACCGCGGAAAGGAAUGGAGUUAUCUGAGAGGCGGGCUCACGACACUUGACCGUGAUUACGGGUUGAUUAACAACAUCCAUCAUGACAUAGGAACUCAUGUCAUACACCAUCUCUUCCCCCAAAUCCCACACUACAACUUAAUAGAAGCUACGGAAGCAGCCAAGGGGGUGUUGGGCAAGUACUACAGAGAGCCGAAGAAGUCAGGCCCUCUCCCACUCCACUUGCUGGGAGACCUCGUGCGAAGCAUGAAGAAGGAUCACUAUGUGAGCGACACAGGCGACGUCGUCUAUUAUCAGACAGAUCCUCAACUCAAUGGGGGUCAAAAAUCUUGAGCUGUGAUGAAAUUUUUUUAUGGAUUCUUUAGCAGAUGCUAAUUCUUUGAAGCUUUUUGUUAUGACAAUGGUCUGAGCUCAUACUGCAAACAUGCUGACCUUUGGAAAAUAUAGAUAGUUUUUUUUUGGCAACACAAUUGAUUUUUUGCUUCAUUGCUUUGAUGGAGCAAUCAUAUAUUAGUAAUAGAUUGACUGCAUUUGUCAAAGAAUAUAAAUGAUAGUGUAUUUGAUUUUUA